UUUUCCCUCUCUUUCUCUGUGUACUCGUAUAGAAACGUAAUUGAACACCAUCACGUUGAUAUCAUCCCGUUUACAUUGGUCCCACGCUCUAUCUUCCCCUUCACAACCAAGCCUCAUCUCAGCAAAACCCCCUCCCUGAUACCCAGCAAUGCUGUGUGGAAGCAGAUAGAGGUCUUAUCCCUGCUUAUUCUUUGAUCGGUCUUACACGGCCUCCCAGGUUUCCCUUUAGUUUUUUUACCCACAAACAAAACCCCUCAAUUCGAUAAACCCUCCCUUCUCCCUUUUCCCUCCAUCCCGUUUAUCCCCUUCCUCUCUCCCUCUCUCUCCCUCCUCAUCUCCCACCUUCCAUCCGAUCCAGUUGACCAUCUAUCCCAUCACAAACCUUUCAGAAUGAUUACCAAAAUUCACGCCCGUUCAGUCUACGACUCUCGCGGUAACCCCACCGUCGAGGUAGAUCUCACUACCAGCGAUACCGGCCUGCAUAGGGCCAUCGUUCCCUCUGGUGCUUCCACCGGCCAACACGAAGCCAUUGAGCUUCGUGACAAAGACAAGACCAAAUGGGGAGGGAAGGGUGUUCUCAAGGCCGUUGAGAAUGUCAACACCAUCAUCGCUCCCGCUCUCAUUAAGGAAAAGUUCGACGUCAAGGACCAGGCUACCAUCGACAAGUUCUUGAAUGAUCUUGACGGAACCCCAAAUAAGGCCAAGUUUGGGGCCAACGCUAUUCUCGGUGUCUCUUUGGCGGUUGCUAAGGCCGGAGCUGCUGCAAAGGUACGCAUUCUAUCUUACCACUCUUCAUUUUCCCCCUUGUUGCCGAGUCGUACUCAGGCUUCUGUUGCUGGGUUCGUUACUCGGUGUUCUCUUUAUCUCUCCUGCAGUCAUCAUGUCAUCCAGAGUUCUUAUUCUUGACGCAUACCUCCCCCUCAUUAUCAUGAUUCGCUAUCUUCCUUUUUUGUAUUUUUCGUUUUGUUCUCUGUCACAGGACUUGCCUUUUCCUAUUCCCAUUUCUCUCAUGACCCUCCUGUUUUAGCACUUCCCUCUAGUUCCCGAGUAGUUUCUGGUUUCUCUCGAAGCUUGGAGUUCAAGGGCUAUUUUUUUUGGACUAUGCUAGGAGCUAAUAGCUGAGUAUUACAGAGCGUUCCACUCUACGCCCAUGUUGCGGAUCUUGCCGGUACUAAAAAGCCAUUCGUUCUUCCGGUUCCGUUCAUGAAUGUCAUCAAUGGAGGUUCGUUACACUCCCCUUCCGGAAACCCCCGUUGAACCCAUUCCCCUUGCAGCUAGCAGAGGUGCACAUGCCCAGUCAAAAUUGUAUGCUAAUAAUUGGCUGUUUCAGGAUCCCAUGCUGGAGGUGCGUUAUUAGAUUACACCCUUGUAUAAUUUUCCCCUUCCCGUAACUUACCAAUAAGCAUGAUAUCCAGGUCGCCUCGCCUUCCAAGAGUUCAUGAUUGUUCCCUGUGAGGCCCCGAGCUUCACCGAGGCUAUGAGGCAGGGAGCUGAGGUUUACCAGAUCCUCAAGACCCUUACCAAGAAGAAGUACGGCCAGUCUGCUGGUAACGUUGGUGACGAAGGUGGUGUUGCACCCGAUAUUCAGACCGCUGAGGAGGCUCUUGACCUCAUCACCGAUGCUAUUGACAAGGCUGGAUAUACUGGCCAGAUAAAAAUUGCUAUGGAUGUUGCGUCUUCUGAGUUCUACAAGGAGGACGCUAAGAAGUACGAUCUUGACUUUAAGGUUUGUUGGGACUUGCACGAACUGAGAUCUUAUCGGGGCGCUAACGCCGGGAUUGACAGAACCCUGACUCUGAUAGCAGCAAGUGGUUAACCUAUCAGGAGUUGGCUGACCUAUACAAGAGCCUCGCUCAGAGAUACCCUAUUGUCAGCAUUGAGGAUCCCUUCGCCGAGGAUGACUGGGAGGCCUGGACCCACUUUUACAAGACCAGCGACUUCCAGAUUGUUGGCGACGAUUUGACCGUUACCAACCCCAUUCGUAUCAAGAGGGCCAUUGACGAGAAGAGCUGUAACGCUCUCCUUCUCAAGGUUAACCAGAUCGGUACUCUCACUGAAUCCAUCCAGGCCGCUAAGGACUCGUGAGUUUGCCCCCUCGUUUUGUUUUGUUCUAUGAAGGCCAAUGAAUAUAGAUACGCCGCCGGGUGGGGUGUCAUGGUCUCCCACCGUUCCGGAGAGACUGAAGACGUGACAAUUGCGGACAUCGUUGUUGGUCUUCGCGCUGGCCAGAUCAAGACUGGUGCCCCUGCAAGAAGUGAACGUCUUGCCAAGCUCAACCAGAUCCUCCGUAUCGAGGAGGAAUUAGGUGGGCAGGCCAUCUAUGCUGGGAACAAGUUCAGAACUGGUAAGACUUUUCCCCGAAUUCCACCUCUGCAGGUAUAGAAGAAGGCUGAUCCAGAAAUUUGUUUCAGCUGUCAACCUAUAAAUUUUAGUCUGGCAUGCGUUGAGAGCUUGUGUGGACAUUUCGAAUCAAAAAAUAGUACUUUUUGAAUUCUAAUUAAAGCGAUGCAUAAUUAUGGGCAACUU